AUGGACGCGUCAACAGGGCCAGGAGCCACUUUGAAUCUUUGCUUGUCUGAAGAUGGGCUAUAUGCUGCCCACGUGAGUGGAAAGGGCCUAGUUGUUCACUCGAAUGUAUCUUCGGACAACAAGGAGGUACAGAUCGCAAGGAUCAAAGAGAGUCCACUCAAAUCACUCAAAUACUUUAAUUUGAGAAGUUCACCUGGUACAUCAGAAGAUGAGAUGGCCUCUCGGCGGCGGCUCCUCUCCGCAAAUGACAGCCGAAUAUCCGUCUGGCAGCUCACUCCGCUCGAAAUAUUCGCCGAAAUUGAAAGCAUCGAGCCAGGGACAAUAGCCGUCGAUUUUGGAGCCGAUGAGAAUGAAGUUCUUGUAUUUCAUGCAUGGAAUACUAAACUCAGUGUUCACUCAUUAGAGACCGGGCGCAGCUCAGUCAUUAAAACGCCAAAGUUUGCCCACAAUUUCGGGUAUGGCUAUCGCACAACGACUAGGCAUCUUGCUAUCCUAUUGAAACCGGAGACUUCAGAUCUACUGACUAUCCAUGAGCCCCGGUCAUACGAGCUCGUCAACAAAGCCGUACUUCCAACCAUUGAUGCACAAGGACUGAAAUGGAGCCCGGAUGGAAAAUGGAUUGCCAUAUGGGACAUAGCUAGUGCAGGCACAAAAGUGUUGGUAUUCACAGCGGACGGUCAGCUUUUCAGGACAUAUUCCGGACCAUCUGGGGUGGACGAUUCCUUCGAUCUCGGAGUGAAACAGAUUGAAUGGAGCCCUGCUCCUCCGCAGGGGAUUUCUGAAAUACUGGCCGUGGGAAAGGUCAACGGAAAUAUUGACUUGCUUCGAACUCGCACGUUCUCGUCUGCAACAACACUCUCCCAUGUCUUCCAAACAGACCAACAAUAUCCCAAUAUUUGGCGCGAGCGAUACACCAGCGCCGUAGGGGACGCUGAAUAUGCCGAGACAUCCUGCUCCUCUGCAUUAAGCAUGAGUCCCGAGUCGGCAGGGCCACCGCGGGGCGUCUUGACAAUGACCUUUAGCCCAGACGGUCGCCUCCUUGCAACUGUUGACACUGCACGGCAGAAUGUUGUUUGGAUUUGGUCACUAGAGGGUACCCCACGACUUGAAUCAGCUCUAGUUCACGAACAACCCGUUCGACAGAUUGUUUGGCAUCCUUCAACACCACAACUAUUGAUUAACACUAUCACGCAUACUUUGCCUGUUAUUCGAUGGUGGUCCCCACAGAGUCAUCCAUUGAUUGCUCGGGUUCCUGUUCAGAGGACCGAGAGCGGAAAAUAUGAUGUGAGGUGGGUGGCAGGGUCGAGUACAGACUCGCCAUUCUGGUUUAGCUCACCGGAACAACAUGUUAUUGGAUAUUUGUCUUCCUAUGAAGGUGGCGUUGAGUUUGAGGUGUUGAACUCAGUCAGCAGCAAGACGGGCGAGGGUUUAGCUAGGACAUAA